CUUGUUUUUUUUUUUUGUUAUCUCUCUUUCUCGUUUGUUAGAUUUGCUUUAUCUUAUACAUACCUUAGAAUACCCACAUCCUUACAGGUGUAUCAUCUUUAGCCUUUACUGGAAAUAAAUCUAUUGGCUGAAAGAAAAUUUGUCUUAAAAGCCGGUUCCAUUUUUUUUUCGUGCUGCAUUGCCGUUUUCUCCUGGGGUAUAGCACCAGUGAGAUCCUUUCAGUGAAAUUUUUUUCAUUUUUGACAUUUUCUUUAGCUUCCAAUUCGUUUUUCAAAUCGAAUAAUGUCUUCUGCUCAAGAGAUGGGUACCUGGGUGGCUCUGAGCAUGCCCACCCUGACCUCUUUGACUUCUAUUGCCAGUACUCAUGCAUCUGCUUUACAAUCUUCUUUAAGCGUGGCUUCGGAAAUUGCGGCAACUGCUACUGCAAAAGCUACCUUGUAUAGUGCUUCUGAAGUUAUUAGAGGAGCACAGGCAUCUUUGACGGUUAUUAGUAACCAAGGGUACUUACAAACAGCUACUGCUACUCAAGAAUUUCCUCAAGUGACUCAAGCAAUCUUCAAUGCUACUCUUAAUCUAGAAGAAUUGGCUUGGAGUAAAAACUUAUAUGAUGCUAGUUUAAGUAAAACUGCCAACUGGAUAUUCACUGCAGUUUUUAUAUUUGCCUUUGUUUGUCAUACUGGUCUUAUGCUUUAUUCAAGAUUUUGGUAUUUUGGUAUUGCUUUCUUUUGUGGUAGUGGAUUGGAAUUGGCUGGUUAUUUAGCAAGAGCUUUAUCGGUACAUGAUUGGACUAAUGACGACAAGUUUUUCUGUCAGAUCAUCAGUUUAACUAUUGCUCCAGCUUUUAUAAUGGGUGGUAUCUACUACUUAUUAGCCCAAUUUUUGAUUUUAUAUGGUCGACAGUAUUCUAUAUUAAAACCAAUGUGGUUUUCUUAUAUUUUCAUUUUUUGUGAUGUUGCCAGUUUAGUGAUUCAAGCCGUUGGUGGUGCAAUGGCUGCAACUGCUAUACAAGAUUAUGAAUCAACCGAUUCUGGUACCCAUGUAAUGGUUGCUGGUAUUGCUUUCCAAGUUUUUUCAAUGUCAUUAUUCUUAGUUUUAUUAUUCCAUUUCCUUUUCAAAAUUUAUUUUAGAGCAAAUCCAAAUAUUAAAUUUUCUUUUGGAAGAUUAUUCCACUUAUUCUUAGUGACUCCAAAAGGUAAAGCUUUACAUCAACAGUUAGAUCCUUAUUAUAAUCCAAAUUAUCAAAGUGUAAGAAGUCGUAAAUUGGUACAUUAUGGUCCUAUUGUCUUAUUGGUUUCAGUAGCUUUUGUCUAUGUUAGAUGUGUUUAUAGAGUAGUUGAACUUGCUCAAGGUUGGACUGGUUAUUUAAUCACUCAUGAAGCUUUUGUUAUGACUUUAGAUGCCUUAAUGAUUUUCUUUACUUGUAUUACUUUGGUUAUAUUCCAUCCAGUAUUCUUAAUUGGUAGACAUGCUCAUCUUUCAAUGUCGGUCAUUAAGAAAAGAUUGGACUUGGAAGCCGCUGGUUCGGACUCUGAUAAUAAAUCAAUUACAAGAGUCGAUUCGGAAAAUUUUUAUGAUACAAAACAAAGAGCAUCAGAAGAAGUGGAUACUUCCUAUGAUAGUCCUAAAAGUGGUGGUGAUUUUAUAGCUACUGAAAAGAAGACUCCCGGAGAACCUGAGAUUGAAUCUUUGAGACCUUCAAGUUCAGGCUCAAAACGUUUAUCUUCUCCAACUGAUGAAAAGGGUGGUAUUUUCGAAGAUCCUUGCAAAGAAAUAGAGCCCCAAUCGAAAGAAGUCACUGAAGAUAUAAACCCUAGUGAGGUUAAAGAAACUCUACCCCAAGGAUCCACUCCAGUUGAAAAUACAGAAUCAGAAGGGGUAGUACCUGAACCUGCUGAAACUCCAAAAGAGGCUGCCGAAGAACCAGCUACACAAGAAGCUGAAGAGCCGGCUGCAAAAGAAGUUACCGAAGAACCGGCUGCAAAAUUAGCUACCGAAGAACCGGCUGCAAAAGAAGCUGCUAACGAACCAGCUGAACCAGUUAAAGAAGAAACAGUUGUUCAAGAAGCAGUGACACCAGAACAAGCAGCACAAGAAGAAGAAUCAGAUAUCUCCCACCAAACCAUUUUAUCAGUGGUUGAAAGCUACGACGAUCCAAAUGUCAUGAUUGCCAAAGAACAAGACCAACCGGAUAGUGUUGUGGAAGAUGUGAAGGACGAAAUCAAAAACUCCAACACUUCUACUCAAACAUAAUCCUACAUUUUUUUAAAUUUCUCCAACGUAUUCUUAAUUUUUUUUCUUUAUUUCAAGUGAAAUAACUUACAAUAAUUCAGUUUUGAAAUGAUUCAAAAGACAAAAUUUCAAAAAAAAAAAAAAACGAACCUUCAAACUAACGAUUGUAAUUUUUUGUGGUG